GAAAAUGACGAGCCUGCGUGACAGUGGACGGAGACCAGGUGUUCCUGCAUCGCAGUGACAGCAUCGAUGGCUACUUGGACUCCCCUAUUUGUGAGGAGCCUAGGUCCGAAACCUACUUCAGCAUGGACGACAAUGAUGAGAAAGGUGAGCAAGAUGAGUUAGAGAAGACAUUUAAGCCUGAUACAGGUCUGCAGUAUGGCUCAGCUCAACUAAGGAUGCGGCACCUGGUGGUGAAAGGAAUCCUGGAGAGUGAGAAGUCAUACCUGCAUGUCAUAGACCAGCUUGUUAAUGAAAUAUUUUUUUUGCAAAACUUGUCAAUAGUGCUAAAACCUAGUCACCUCAUUGAUCCUGAGGAUGUCACCACGAUAUUUUACAAGAUGGAUGAGUUCUACACGAUCCACAAGACCUUCGUGAGUGAGCUGGAGGCCAAGGUCAAGAACUGGUCAGAUGACCAGCAGAUAGCUGAGGCUGUCAAAAAAUUGGUGGUGUAUUUUAAGGGCUAUGAGGAGUAUGUUCACAACUAUCAGAAGGCCGUGGAGACAAUACGCAAUUUCCAGAGGAAUGAGGAAGCCAGGACCCUACUUGAGGAACAAAUGAAAAACUUCAAAGGGGAAAGUCUAAAAUUAGAAGAUGUUUUAUUGAAGCCUGUGCAAAGAAUACAGACAAACCAUCUUGUUCUUUAUGACCUGAUAAAGCACACCCCUGAGUCACAUCCAGACUAUCUGGUACUUCAAAAAGUCUUGAAACUGAGUGAGGAGAAUCUCCGUGUGUACAACUCUGCCUUUCAUGGACUCAGCACGGUAAGGGAGCGUGAUGUGAGGGGAAAGUCUCAGGAAGGGAGACAACUGGUGAAGAGUGGGUUCAUGAUGGAGGUCUCUAAGGACAAGAAGGGCACAAGACACCUCCGCUACGUGUUCCUCUUCACUGACAUCCUCAUCUGCACCAAACACAAGGGAGGAGCCAAACUGAGAGAUGUGUCCUUUAAGUUUGUUUGGAGCCUUCCCUUGCAUUCACUUCAAAUGCACAUUAGAGAGGGCAGCGUGAAGUAUGAGCUGAAGGAAAGCCUGGAGAAGCUGAAGUAUAAGAUAGGCAACCUGAAGGUGGAGCUGAGAGAGGAGAUGUUGAGGGCAGAUAUCAACAAAGAGAAGCACUUUUCUCUGACCCAGAAGAAAGCGGUGAGGAAUGUGGAGAAACUGAAGAAGAAGAUUCAGGAGCAGGAGGCGAGCUUGGUGGAGGGGUUACCACGGUUACCAUUGAACCUCACUGUGGAAAGGUUUGCGCCCCGCACCUUCCUCUUUCCCACGGACUACGAGCGAGAGGAGUGGAGGGAGGCCAUUGAUUCUCAGCGCGUCAAAUGUCAACUGUUACCGCCAGUUCAGCUGUCCACUCAUGACUGUGAGCAGCUCAUUAAUGCCAUCAAGCUGCAUACACAGGUCAAUGGCAUUGGCACUGUACUGCUGAAGACAGAUGAGGAAAUAUUGACUGGUAGUCUCAAUGUAACUAUUCACAAAAUGCAGGGCUUGACAAGAGGCAAAUGUGAUAUGUAUUGCUGUCUGGAGAUGGACUCCUACGGUCACUUCUACAAGAAGGCGCAGACGCGGACGUGUCGCUACGAGGCAGACGUCUCUUGGAACCAGGACUUUGAGCUAGACCUUGACGGCUCACAGGUUCUUCGCAUACUCUGCUACCAGGCCAUGGGGCCUGAUGAGGGGGAUGUCAUCAUUGCAAAAUGUGCUCUUGAGCUGAGCCUGUCUUGGUUGAAUUCCAAGUUUAAUGAGAAAACUCUUUCCAUGAAUGAUGUGUCCCUGACUAUAUCCAUACGCCACACUCCUGCUUCAAAUGGAAUUUUCGGUGUAAAAAUUGCAAAUGUUGCAAGGCGGGAAAACAAAACUGUGCCAUCGAUUGUCACCAUCUGUAUUGAGCAUGUAGAGAAAAGAGGUUUAGAUAAAAUCGGCAUAUACAGAGUGUCUGGAGUAACAUCUGAUAUACAGCAAUGCAAAAAACUCUUUGACAAAAAAUCAGUUGCAGCGAAUAACUUUGCAGAGGAGGCCGAUAUCCACACGAUCACUGGGGUUCUCAAGUUGUACUUCAGGGAGCUUCCUGAGCCUCUCUUAACUGACUCCUGCUACCAGUCUUUCGUACAAACUAACCAGCUUCAGCACGAGGAGACGAAGGAAAAAUGCAUGCUGGAGGUUCUUCAUGGGCUUCCAGACGCAAACUACUACACGAUAGUCUCCAUGCUGGAGCACAUGAUACGCGUGGCAAAGCGGAGUGCAGAAAACAAGAUGUCGCUUAGCAAUCUGGCCACGAUAUUUGGCCCCAUUCUAAUGCACCCUGCUGUUAAGGAAACGGACAUUGACCCAAUUGUGCAGAUGAGACGAGCUGUUAAGGACGAUAGGACGCAUACGUAUACGGAGAUCAUUUACUACUAUCUCAAGUUGGCAAAUAGCGGAAAGAACUUACGCAGGUCGGCAUCUUAAGGAGCGUUAAAUUUUGGGGUUUUGUAUGUCAGUUUAUGGUAAACAAGUCUAUUAUUCGUGUCUGUUCAGUUCUUUGUGCUGAAAGUUUAUCUUAAUUAAUUUGCAUGUACAAGUCACCAAGUUUCUUUGGAAUAGUUUGAAGUGCUGUUGUUUUUGUCGACAGUAAGUGAAAAUACAUUCUUGGUACAUUUUAAUGAGAGUGUGAUGUUAUAUAAUUAUGUGUCUGUAUUUUGACAAUAUUACCAAUGUGAUAGAUUCAAUGGGAAUAAUUGGAAAUGGAGAAUCAUAGGUGAAUCACUGUUAGAAACUG